GUAGGAUCUUCUCCUGCACAGCCUGAAAAACGGAUGGCCCCGCCCCCUGUAGCCCCGCCCCCUGCCGCUCCACCUCCUGCUCCUGCCCUGCCUACCAGGGGUCCACGGUCCAUCUCCAGCAGUAUGAAGCAGAAGCAGCGCUCACUGGCUGACCUUUUCGGCUCCACUCGCUCUUCAGCUCCUCCCUCACCCCUUCAAAAGGCAGAACAGGCUCCACCCCCUGACAUUCCAAUCCCUCCCCCACCAGCAAUUCCAGCCCCAAGUCAGGUGCCUAAAGCCAUACGUGAUGACAACAUCCGCUCUCAGCUGUACAAGUUUUCAGCCAGUGUGUAUUUCUCCUACAACAACAUGCCAGGCAGGCUGUUUCUUCGCAAAGAGGUGUUCUACCCCAGAGAGAAGUUCAACAACCCCUAUAUUCUAAACCUGUUAUGUGAGCAGAUCAUGAGGGACACUUUCUCGGACUCCUGCAUCCGCAUUACCCGAGAGGAGCGUCGCAAGAUGAGGGACUUGCUGGCCAGUUUCCACGUGGGCAGCAGCAUCAGCUCCCUGCAGGACGAUGCCAUGAAGAAGAGGAUCGUGCUGGCAGCCCGGGACAACUGGGCCACCUACUUCUCACGCCUCUUCCCAAUUACUGGAGGCAACAGAGGCGAUAUUCAGCUUCUGGGGGUCUCGCACCGUGGCAUCCGGCUGCUCCGGGUGGUCAAGGCCUCAGGCAUCAACCCCAAACACCUCAAGGUGCUGCGCAGCUACAGCUAUGCAGAGGUGCUGUCGGUGGACCUGAAAGGCAGUAACACUGUAGAGUUUGCUCUGAAGAACGACCAGCUGACGCUUCAUUCUCACCGUGCCCCUCAGAUCAAUGCUAUGGUCCGCCUCUUCCUUUCGGAACUGCUCAAGGACUCAGAUCAUGUGAUCGCUCUCCAGAGCUUUGUCACGGAUGACAGAAGCCUGCUCAACUUCCGCAAGGGUGACAUCAUUAAGCUUCUGCACAUGGAGGGGCUGGAGCCAGGCUGGCAGUUUGGCUCCAUCGGUGGGCGCUCUGGCCUCUUCCCCUCGGAGAUCACCCAGCCUGCUGCUCCCCCAGACUAUUAUAGCUCCCAUUUGGACCGACGAGAGGAGCUCAGGAAAAGCGUGAGGACAGCACCCCGCAUGGCUCAGCCCAAACAGACACAAGGCAAAGCAGACCCAGAGAAACCCUUGACUCAGGCACCCAGCAUGGCAUCAGGGCUUGAGAGGGAGGGGUCACUGCCAGGAUCUGACAGUGAUGUCACCCAGUAUAUCAUGACCGAAUUCGCCAUGAAGUACUUCAGAGAGGCUGCCAUCAAGAUGGGCUGGAAGGGACUGAGUGCUGAAGGAAGGAGCUCAUCUGAGAUGGUCCAGUACACGAAGGUUCCUAUCCAGGAGUCACUGAUCUUCUACUCAGACAAUGAACUCAAUGAGCUAGCUGCACAAUGCUUCUCAAAUGUGAUGCGUUUCAUGGGGGACCAGCCCUUGAUGAAGCAGCAGGGUGAGGGAGACUAUGUGAAAAGCAUCCUGCAGCUCGGCAAGGAGAAAGAGAGUCUAAGGGAUGAGAUCUACUGUCAGAUCAUCAAGCAGACCACACUCAACCCUCACAAGGAGAGCUGUACCCGGGGUUGGCGGCUCCUGAACUUAGUGACGGGCUUCUUCCCCUGCUCAAGCACGCUGCGGCCAUAUGUCACCCGACAUCUGCGUGACAUUGCCAGUGACCCCGGACACAGUUUCCAAGAAAUGGCUCGCAACUGUGAGCAGAACCUUAAGCGCUCUCUCAUCCACGGAGGUCGGAGAUAUGUUCCUUCCAAUUUGGAGAUGGAAGCCUUCCUGGUUGGAAAGACCUCCAGGAGGAUUCCCAUCUAUCUGCCUGGGGGGGUGGAAUACCCCUGCAAGAUUCGCACUUUCACUGUGGCUCUGGAGGUGAUGAUGGAGCUGUGUGCUGAGAUGGGUGUGGAGCAGCUUUCUGAGAUGAAGGAAUUCGCCAUCUACGCCAACAGCAACAAGGGGAAGGUGAUGCGGCCCAUCCGCCCCGACGAGUACCUGCUUGACUUCCUGCUGGACGAUGGCUCCAUCACUCUGUGGUUCCACAGGGUCAUCUGGAGAGAGCCCCUGCACUUUGACAAUGAGUUUUAUGUGGAUAUCCACUAUAGACAGGUCCUCAGUGAUUACCUAGAAGGCAAGCUCCUGCUCCCCAGUCAUAAAUCCUCGCCUGACCACCAGGUGGUGGCACUGGCAGCCCUGCAGCAUUGUGCCAAUGGGAUGGGUGCAGAGCCUUCACAACAUGAUUUGAAGGGGUACCUGCCUGUGGGGUUCAGUGUGAACACCCAACAGCUUCACUCAGCUUUGCUCAGCCAGUUGGGCUCCCUGCGUACACUCAGCUCCACUGACGCCAAGAUCCGCUUCCUUGAGUCCGUCAGGUCCCUGCCUCUCUUCGGCUCCAACAUCUUCCUGGCGAGCAAAGUCAGUCACCGCCACUGUCCCUCACCCUGCAUUGUGGCUGUCAACCAGGAGGGCAUUCUUCUCGCUGACCCCAACUCCCAGGAGACGCUACUGGUGAUCCCCCUGCCUGAGGUACAGUCACUAAGGUCCCUGCGCCCUAGGAGAGAUGAAAAGCUGCCAGGGGUUGAGAUCAACUAUGGACUCAGAGCACCCAAAAAGAUGACAUGCCACCUCAAAGAGGCCAAGGAGCUGUGCCACGUCAUCGCCGUCAUCAUGGAGGAGCUGGUGUGCCACCCCAGCGGCAGCUCCACCGCCGGCACGGCUUCUGGCUCCCCCAGCUUGGCAGACACCCACCGUGAGCCCGUGCCUUCUGUAGCCUCCCGCCAGCCCCCAUCGCGAAUCCCCAGCCCACCCCACAGUCUGCCUGACACCCGGGAAGCUGCCAUGUACUCAAUGUAUUGAAUGUCAGGCCCUGACACUGCACUCAGGCUUCAGUUCUGUUCCACACAGCCCACUAUGCAGUAUGUUAAUACAGAGUACGGCAACGGUUCCCCACCCUGGACAUGAGGGACCUCUGUCUCUUCUGGUUUUUCUCCAGCCCAGAUCUUAAUUAAAGGCUAAUUGAUUUCAGCUUUUUGUUUCAUGCAACAACAUUGUUAAAUUUGCUUUUAACUCUUAAUUGGGUUUUGGAAUGGUAUUAACUCUGAACCAAUUCCUGAGUUUGGGGACUCCCUUUAUUCAGCUGUGUUGAAAUGUAAUCGAUUCCUCUCCAGAAGGAAAACAACAGCAUAUUGUGAGACUUUUUGAUAAUUUGUCAACCCCGCUUGUAUCUUUUCAUCACAAAUUGAGAGCCUUAAACUGCUGUGUGCUGAAGGUGUUGGAAACAGUACUCUUGAUACAGAAUGUUCUCGAAAGUCAGGACUGAAUGCAGAAACAUUUUAACCAAACUUGUGUAACAAGCAAAUUGAUUAAAUCUUCAGUUAGCCUCCAGGAUUUAAAGCUCAGCUUCACCAAAAACCAGCAGAGACACUGACUGUCCAGUAGCACUGUCGUUCUGUAUACCCUUUCCCUCUUUAGUGCAGUAAGUGUUACAAAUUAAAAAUGUUAAAUCUGUACUGGCUGUAGCCCCAUUGGACAUAUGUGCUGCUCUGCUCAAAGUGUAUAAGAAUCAUGAACACUUUAUAUAUAAUUGUGUUGGCACCAUAACAGCACAGACACUUCAUUGGUGGAAAGGAUUUACUCUUGGAGAAAUAGAAAACCAGAGACAAAAUACCAUUUUUAGUACCAUGAGUCCAUCCUGGGAGGAGAUUGACCUGCUGCUCAGGUGUAUUGCCCACAAACCAUGUGAACGAUGCUCAACCCCCCCAGUGCCUUAACAGACCAUGGGUAGACCCACACUUUGACCUUUGAUAAGGUCUGUAGUAUGCUCACCCCCACACCCACCUGAGGAGAAAAUCCAUGCUAAUUACCUCCCAGAAGUGUAUUUGUGCAGUUAAAGUGGCAUAGGCAAAUCUCACCUUGUCCUAAUGAAGAUCUACAUAAAAUGCCCCUCCUGUUCUAAAGGGCUUAGCAGGUUUGUUAGCAGGGUGCCCUAGAUGAUGAUGAUGAUGCUGUCAACUAUUUCUAUUGAGAAAUGGGAUCAAUGUCAUUCAAGCCCAAGAACCUGAUCUGUGAGAGAACUAUCCCUGAAUUGAAGUGAUUUAUACAGGUCUCUCUGGGAAAAAGGGGGUGUUUGGACAUUUUUCCCUGCAAGGGUCUUCCUUCUAGACAGCUGACUGAUGUUGACUUCUAUCCUCCUUUUCACUCAAAAAGCACCUGUAAGCAUAAAAAUAUAUUUUUAUUCUAAUUUCUAGGGCUGUUUAAACACUGAUAUUUGUGAUAAAGAAUAACAUGCCACUUGAUUCUGUCUUAAUGUCUAGUGUGCAAACUUAUAUUUAUCCUAUUUUCAUAUUAUAUUUAAAUUA